AAAAAACCAAGUGCACUUAUCGGUAUUAAAUAAACAAACAUUAUCAUAACAGUACUUAUUAACUGUUAUUAAUCCGAUCAAUUACACCGACCGAGAAAAUUAGUUAAGAGAAGGACAAAUACAAGAGAUAGCUCAUAUGGAUGAAUUUUGCGGUUCAACAUUUUGGGAUGCGAACGAAACGUGGUAUACAAAUAAUCCAGACUUUACGCCUUGCUUUGAACAAACAGUCCUAGUGUGGGCACCAUGUUCAUUUCUGUGGCUUUUUUCGAUAUUUGAUUUCUACUAUCUGAAGGCCAGUUUAGAUAAAAAUAUACCAUGGAAUAAAUUAAAUAUCAGUAAAUUAUUGCUGACCUUGAGUCUUUUGCUGCUAACAGCAGUUGACUUUUUCUCUGCAUUGGUGAAGGAGGGAAAUAACGAGACCGCAGAUUUAAUUUAUCCGGUUGACGUGUGGACACCGGUUGUCAAGUUCGCUACCUUUUUAUUGAUAUUUAUAUUUAUUCCGUUGAACCGCAAAUAUGGUGUACAAACAUCUGGUUGCCAAUUUUUAUUUUGGCUUCUUCUAGUCAUUUUUUCAAUUCCAAGAUGUCGUACUGAGGUGCGAGCUAAACGAGACCGUGAUAACGUAUUGCAAUCUGUUACAGUCGAUAAGCCAGAUUAUUCUUGGGAUGAGUACAAAUAUAUAAGCUUUAUGGUGUAUUUUGCUUUUUCUUGUGCCAUGUUGUUCCUUAAUUGUUUUGCCGACGCUAUGCCACGCGAUACAAAAUAUGAUCGCUCUGAAAAUGAAAUCCCCGAGAACUCGGCCAGUUUCUUGUCCCGCGUCACCUACCAAUGGUUUGAUGGAAUGGCUUUAAAGGGUUAUCGUAAACCUCUCGAAGAAAAGGAUCUUUGGGAUUUACGUGCUCAAGACAGCUGCAAGGAAAUAAUGCCAAUUUUUGCCUAUUACUGGAAUAAGAAUGUACGAAAAUACUAUAAGCUAGGUGCUGUCCAACCUAAGGCCCAAUACAAAGAUGGUACCGUAAUUUUUGAUAAUCCUCACGUUAAGAUGGGCAAUAAAAAGGGCAUGGCUUCUAUUAUGCCGCCCAUAAUUCGUUCGUUUGGCGGUGUCUUUUUAUUUGGUUCAAUGAUGAAAUUAUUUUGCGAUAUUUUGACUUUUGUACAACCACAAAUUUUGCGUUUGAUUAUCGCUUUCGUAGAAGAUAAUGCAAAUGGAGAAACUGAAAGUCAGCCUGAGUGGAAGGGCAUUUUAUAUUCUGCACUGCUUUUUUUGGUAGCAGCUGCUCAAACCUUCAUUUUGGGACAAUAUUUUCAACGCAUGUUUAUUGUGGGCCUACGAAUACGAACGGCUUUAAUUAACGCCAUUUAUCGUAAAGCGUUGGUUAUAUCAAAUACAGCACGUAAAGAGUCUACUGUUGGAGAAAUUGUUAAUUUAAUGGCAGUUGAUGCGCAACGUUUCAUGGAUUUAACUACUUAUUUAAAUAUGCUAUGGUCAGCUCCGUUACAGAUUGCUUUGGCUUUAUAUUUUCUUUGGGAACUACUGGGUCCUUCAGUAUUGGCUGGCUUGGCCGUUAUGAUUAUAUUAAUACCUCUCAAUGGAGUUAUUGCUAAUCGUAUCAAAACUUAUCAAAUUCGCCAAAUGAAAUAUAAAGAUGAUCGUGUUAAAUUAAUGAACGAAGUUUUGAGCGGCAUUAAGGUUUUAAAAUUAUACGCUUGGGAACCUAGUUUUGAAAAAAAAGUGUUGGAAAUACGUGAUAAGGAAAUCGCUACUUUAAAAUCUACAGCCUAUUUAAAUGCCAGUACAUCUUUUUUAUGGUCGUGCGCUCCAUUUUUGGUAUCCUUGGCCACAUUUACCACCUAUGUAUUGGUGAGCGAUGAGAAUCAUUUAACGGCCACCAAAAUUUUUGUAGGACUUUCCUUAUUUGAUAUCAUUAACUUACCAUUGAUUGCGAUACCGAUGUUAAUGGUGGACAUAGUAGAGACUCAAGUUUCUGUGAAUCGUAUUAACAAAUUUAUGAAUAGUGAGGAAUUAGAUCCAAAUAAUGUACAACAUGACAGCACCAAACCUCAUCCCUUAAUUAUUGAAAACGGUAGUUUUUCAUGGGGAGACGAUGAAAGCACUCUGAAGAACAUAAACAUUGAAGUGAAAAAGAAUACCUUGUGCGCUAUUGUGGGCACAGUGGGUUCAGGCAAAUCAUCUAUUUUACAAUCAUUCCUAGGCGAAAUGGAUAAAAUUUCGGGCAUUGUAAAUACCGUAGGCUCUAUUGCCUACGUUCCGCAACAAGCCUGGAUACAAAACGCAACCUUUCGCGAGAAUAUUUUAUUUGGCAAGCCUUAUGAUCGCCGUCGUUAUAACCGGGUAAUUAAUGCCUGUGCUCUAAAGCCCGAUAUAGAUAUACUUUCCGCUGGCGAUUUAACAGAAAUCGGUGAAAAAGGCAUCAAUUUGUCGGGAGGUCAAAAACAACGUAUAUCUUUGGCCCGAGCUGUUUAUAACAAUGCUGAUAUAUACCUCCUGGAUGAUCCGUUAAGUGCCGUGGACUCUCAUGUGGGCAAACAUAUAUUCGAAGAAGUGAUAGGACCCGGUGGUAUAUUAGCGAAUAAAACUCGUAUACUCGUUACUCAUGGCAUAACCUUUUUACCUCAAACCGAUAAUAUAUAUGUUAUGAAAUUGGGUGAAAUUAGUGAAAAUGGCACCUAUCAAGAUUUAUUAAAUAAACGGGGAGAUUUUUCCGAUUUUUUACUGCAACACAUACAAGAGGGCAAUGAGGAAGUUGAAAAUUUGGAUGAAAUUAAACUGCAUUUGGAGGGUAAUCUACAGUCGGAAGAGUUAAAGGAUCGUUUUCAAAAAGCUAUCACAUUAGCUAGAACAGAAAGUCUCUCAGACGCAGUAUCUGUGCAUUCGUUAGAGAGCACCAGUACUGUUAGGCGCCGUAAGUUAGAAAGAGAAAGCUCAGAAAUAUCCAUAAAUUCGAUAAAUUCCAGAACCAAACUAAACAUAGAAGAACAAGGGAAGUUAAUUGAAACGGAAAAGUCACAGACCGGUGGUGUGGAAUUUGCCGUCUACAAGCAUUACAUUAAAAGUGUCGGCGUAUUUCUAUCAAUGGCUACGUUAUUAUUGAAUUUUAUUUUCCAAGCUUUUCAAAUCGGUUCCAAUUUAUGGUUAACUCGUUGGUCAAACGAUAAACGUGUCGAACAUGAUACCAGUUUACGUGACAUGUAUCUGGGUGUGUAUGGCGCCUUCGGUUUCGGUCAAGGUGUUUUUGCCUACUUCGCCGUGGUCUUUGUCUAUUGCGGAACUUUUGAAGCGGCGAAGAAAAUGCAUAACGAUUUAUUUCAUGUAAUCUUACGUGGAUCGGUCUGUCGUUUUUUCGAUAUUACGCCAAUAGGCCGCUUACUUAAUCAUUUUAGCGGUGAUAUGGAAAUCAUUGAUAAUGAACUCCCAGGAACAUUGGAUAGUUUCCUUACGUUUAUAUUUUUGGUUUUAGCCACAAUUGUGGUUAUUAGUAUAUCAACGCCGAUAUUCUUGGCCGUCAUUAUACCCAUAGCGUUUUUAUACUAUUUUGCCCAACGUUUCUAUGUGGCCACCUCUAGGCAGCUAAUGCGCUUGGAGUCAGUAUCGCGUUCACCGAUUUACUCACAUUUCGGCGAAACAAUUACCGGUGUAUCGACGAUAAGAGCUUACGCUGUACAAGAUCGAUUCAUUGACGAAUCGGAUAAUAAAGUUGAUAAGAAUCAAGUGUGUAAAUAUCCUUCUCUAAUAGCGAAUCGAUGGCUGGCUAUUCGCUUGGAAAUGGUUGGUAAUUUAAUUAUAUUAUUCGCUUCGCUAUUUGCGGUCUUGGGCGGUCAAAGUAAUCCUGGCUUGGUGGGCCUAUCGGUGUCGUAUGCUUUGCAAGUGACUCAAACAUUAAACUGGUUGGUGCGUAUGUCUUCCGAUAUUGAAACAAACAUUGUCGCUGUGGAACGCAUUAAAGAAUAUGGUGAAACUAAACAAGAAGCUCCUUGGGAGGUUGAAACACUCAAACUGCCGAGAAAUUGGCCAAAUGAGGGCCGGGUAGUGUUUGAAAACUUUAAAGUCCGUUACCGUGAGGGUUUGGAUUUGGUAUUGAAAGGCAUUAGUUUUACCAUAAAUGGCGGUGAAAAAGUAGGCAUUGUUGGACGUACUGGAGCGGGUAAAUCCAGCCUAACCUUGUCUUUGUUUCGCAUUAUUGAAGCCGCUGGUGGUCGCAUAUUAAUAGACGAUGUCGAUAUAUCUACAUUGGGUCUUCAUACGUUGCGCUCCCGCUUAACAAUUAUACCUCAAGAUCCAGUAUUAUUCUCCGGUUCGUUACGCAUUAACUUAGAUCCAUUUGAAGUCAAGAAGGACGAAGAAAUUUGGAAAGCCUUGGAAUUAUCACAUUUAAAAGUUUUUGUUAAAACACUGCCGGCCGGCUUAAAUCACGAGAUUAGCGAAGGAGGGGAAAACUUAUCGGUAGGACAAAGGCAACUUGUUUGCUUGGCUCGUGCUCUAUUACGUAAGACGAAAGUAUUGAUAUUGGACGAAGCUACGGCCGCCGUAGAUUUAGAAACUGAUGACUUAAUUCAGAAAACGAUACGAACCGAGUUCAAAGAUUGUACGGUUCUAACCAUUGCCCAUCGUUUAAAUACAAUCAUGGAUUCGGAUAAGGUGAUCGUUCUGGAUAAGGGUGAAGUAACCGAAUUCGACUCACCGGUCAAUUUGUUAGAGAAUCCAUACAGUGCCUUCUAUGGCAUGGCAAAGGAUGCCAACUUAGUGUAAAUUUUUUUUUUGUUUUUUUUCAUUAUUUUGUUUGUUUCAGUUAAUUUUACGAAGACAAACCUGAUACAUUACAAGAACAGUAUAUAAUGUAAAUAGACCGAGAAGGUUAACUAUCGGGCAAUUAUGAAAAGAUUAAAUAGGCAGUAUAUCGAAGCUUUGCUGAGUUGUACUGGUAAAUGGAAAGUUGGUUUGAAUAUAGUUAACCUUCUAGGCGGACGCCUUACGACAUAAACGCUUACUUACAAAAACGUUUAGUAAUUUCUUUUCCUCCUUCUUUUCUUUUUGCUUUCUUUUUUGUUAAAUGUAUGUUUUUAUUUGAUUUGCAUUAUAGUGAUUUGAUUAGAUAAUUUUUUGUAUCUUAAAUGUUGGCUCGUUAAUUAUCCUUUAAUUUUCCAUAGUUAAUUGUUUUCUGUUCCCUUCGCUUCGUUUCAUUUUAAUUGAAUUUUUUAUUAAUUAACUUCUUUUCUAUUAAACAUAUUCUAUUCUCAGUCGUGGCAGUCGUCGUACUUACGAAAGCUCUAUCUAAAGUAUAUUUUCAAAAUUUAACUUGUUUAUACAUGUAUUAAUAUUUUGGGGAAAAUCAAAAUUUCAAGACGAAGAAGAAGAAGAAUAACAAUACUACUAAAAAGCAAUAAUGA